AUGCCACUCACCUCCAUCCAGAAUCGAACCCCAUAUGAAGUCCUCCUCGGCAGUCGGCCCCAAUAUAGUCAUCUCAGAACGUUCGGUUGUCUUGUCUAUGCGAAGGACACCCACUCUGGCUUGUCAAAGUUCGCGGCUCGUGGAAAACCUGGUGUCUUCGUAGGGUAUCCCGCGCAUCAACGUGGGUACCGUGUCUUUGACGUUGAACGUCGCGUCAUUUAUACAUCUAGAGAUGUAUUCUUUCUUGAGGAAGUUUUUCCUUUUCAGCAACUAGGAUCAUCGGCUACUAUACCCAUGCAUUUGUCCCCUUCAUGUCAGCGCACAGAUGAUGAUGAGCCUGCGGACAUGGGAGUUUUUGAUAUGGUCCAAGGGGUUGCCGCUUCACUUGAUGAAGAUGAUAUGGUUCCAUCUUCCUCUCCAUGUCAGUCCGCUUCCCCGUCCUCACCGGCCACUUUCGCGGGUUCAAGUCCUCCACCCAAGUCGCAUACAUAUUCGUCAUCAUCUCCAUCGAGCUCUUAUCUCCCACAAUCCAAAUCCAGUCCGGAGUCCUCCGAUAAGACCACCAGUCCCACAUCAUCGACAGAUAGCGCUAGUCCUGCAUCUGUCCCCGUUGAGCCAGUCCCUCGUCACAGCACCCGAGCAGUCCAGCUUCCGAUUCGACUUCAAGACUACGAAGUCGAGCUUCCAGGAUCGCGUCCUCAGGCAAAUCAUGUUGUCCUCUAUCCCAUUAGUAACUACGUGAACUAUGAGAGGUUAUCUCCCGAUCACCACGCCUUUGUGGCCCAAGUCUCGGCCACCUUCGAGCCAACUUAUUUUUGGCAGGUCGUUCGCUACGAACAUUGGCAGAAGGCCAUGCAGGAAGAAAUUAAGGCCCUUGAAGCAAAAGGGAUGUGA